AUGUCGUCCAACAUCCCCAAGCACCUCCCCACCGACGUGGACCCCUACAAGCUGUCCAUGCAAGGUAACAUCAAGCAGGCGUCGUCCAUGGUCAACCGCAUGGCACGUCGCGACCCAGCGCUGUACCCCCUCUCGUUUAUCCUCGUCGGCAUUGCCGGUGUGACGGGUUACUUUGCCAUGAAGAAGGCGUUCGAGCCUGACGCGGAGCGUCGCUUCGUCGGCCGCGUCAACCCGUGGGAGAAGGAGGACCAGCACGACACGGCCCCCGGCACCGUGGCGGCGUUCAAGUACCGCUACAAGACGCGUGACGGCCACAUGGAGGACGCCAUGCCGACGAUGAACGUCGAUGUGCGCAAGAUGAUGCGUCCACCUGUUCCGCACCGCCGCCGCCUACCACUUGACACCGAUAUCCCCAUGGUCGUCACUCUCCGGUCUGACACCAACGACCGCCGCCGCGACGUUUCCUCCGUCUCAUCGUCACCACGACGCCCCUGA